ACAUCGGGGUGGAUCAGUGCAUCGCGACUGUUGCCAGUUCAAGAUCAAAUGUAGAAAUAUAACUUCAUCUUUAAAGGGUAGAUCGCAAGAUUAAUUACAACGUUUUGAGUGUUGACAAUGGGUCUCAAGGAAGAAUGAAGAAAGCCAGCGUUUUCCCUGGGUUGAGUUGAACGAUUUUGAGAAGCCGGAGGAGUGUGAUUGUUCGGCAGGAAUCAUCGUCAUGAGCGCAGGCAUGCAGAAACCACCAGUUGCCCCCAAACCAAAGAAUGCCCAGCCACAGAACCCAGGGCCCUCCCCCUCCUUGACCCCCAAAAGAGAUGGCCUUUUUCAGGCUUCCCUCUGUACACCAAAGAUGGUUAAACCAGCUCUGGCCCCUAAACCACCAUGCCUACCCAAACCAUUCCUCACUACUUCUGUGGAGUCCAAACCACCAUGCCUACCCAAACCAUUCCUCACCACUUCUGUGGAGUCCAAACCACCAUGCCUACCCAAACCAUGCCUCACCGCCGCUAUGGAGUACAAACCUCUUUCCUCAAAGACUGUCCAUCACCAUCAGACUUAUUCUCAGAGACCAUCAGAUAUGUCUACAAGUGUAGGUCUUCUGAAGUCCAGGAAUACAAUACCUGAUUGGGAUUAUAUUAUUCCUAUCUGUCUGUGUCGCCAGAAGAACUGUCUGUGUGUUGGGAACAGUAUCACAACGGAUACAGUGAUUAACACAAUUCCUAAAGACUUGAAAACAUUGCAUAACAAUUGCAAAACGGAGGAAUCUAGAAUAAAGCCUGUUCUCAGAUCUCGAUCUGGAGAGAACAAAGGGGUCAACAACAACAAGAGGAAAGCAGUCAACAACGCUCUACCAGACAAUUGCGUGCAGGUUGUGUUGCUGUCCACCAGUAACCACCUCUCAAACCCGAAACAGAACCUCAACUCAGACAUUGUGACGCCAUCGUCACGCCCUGACAUAAAGCGCCCUCUUCCUCAGACGCAUAGCAAUGAAGCCAACGGUAACGUUGUCACCACCUCCUCUAAUGCCAUUGGUCACGGAGAACAGGAAGAUCCCACCAGCUCCACAGGGAUUGGCAGAGACACUGGCACAUCCAAACAGAACCCAGCUGCCCCUAGGAAGCCCCUCCCUGUCCCCGUACCACGGAAACCCAGGAAGUCUGUUCUGGUUGGACAGGAAGUCCCAGAGGACGGGAGGCAAGGGGGGGAAAUGACUGUCAGAAAGGUGUCACUGGAGAGGAAAAGCAGCCCAUCUCUGUCUGUCAACGCACCUGCUACUCAGGCACACAACAUCCCAGAAAGUCCUGCCAGUACAAAUGAUAGCUGGGAGGGUCUCCCAUCCUCCAGGACACCCGGCCCGCCACCUGUUCCUGCUCCCCCUCCCAGAAAGGAAGCCUUUCUUUCUGAACCUGCGAGAGAAGCACCGACCUCCUCUGCCGCCUCCUCUCAGCAACUCUUCCCCACCUCCUCCCUUCUGCACCUCCUCCCCUCCUCUUCCUGUCUGCACCUCCCUCAGGAUGUAGAGGAGGAAGAGCUGAGAUGGGUGGAUGACAGUGUCUAUGAACUGGAGUGUUCAGUGGACAAGGACGAGGAGGAGGAGGAAGGGAGGAAUGAAGAGGAGGAGAUCAAUGAUAAGAUUAGUUGUCAUCCUCUCGCAACCAGUCUUUCCAACCAGCUGGAGCUCAGCUCCAAUUGCCACUUUCCCCUCACCUUAAUAACCACUGGGAGUUACAAAGAAAACGCGAGUGCUCAAAACAAGAUGGCCGACUUCCCCAAGAAACUGCAGAGAUGCAGCUCCCCAGCAGCGUGGGUACUGAAGAAUGAACUGUCAGAAGAGAGAGAAGUGGAGGAACGAAAGACUUCCGAUAGUGACGAUGAUGGAGGUGCCCUCACCGAGGCCACGAAAGCUAUGAGAAAGCUCCCUGCAACCCCAGGAGAGGAUAAACCAAAAAGGAACAGAAUCUUUCAGACGCUGGUGUCUCCUGUGUCCCGUAAGAGAAGCACAGACAACACACAGACAAAGGGCAGCCGGCCAACAGAUGUAACGCUGUCACCGUCCAAGCCGUCUCGCUCCAGCCGGGGGAAACAGAAGGCCAAGUCCUUCUCCUCUGCCGACCUGACCCCCUCUGAGGGACAGAAACCAAACUCUUUCCGGAGGCUUCUCCAUCUGAAACUCUCUGUCAAGAGGCUGCCCAAGCUGCUAGCUAAGGGAGGCCAGUCUCUAGACAGCACUGCAGCUGAGGCAGAACAAUAUGCGGAUGAUGUAUUCCAAGACCGUGGCGUCUGUGUUCAGGAACGCCUGGGCAUUCGGGUGGGGGAUGCCCGCAAGUUCUCCUGUCCCCAGCUGGGGGUGAUUGGGGUUGGGGCGGAGCAGAGCGUGGACGGGGAUGAGAUCCACUACCCUGGAGCGGAGCAGGCUGUGGAGUAUGAAAACGUUCCCUAUUACGAGGCCAUACCUGAGUAUUUUAUCCAGCCUGUUGGACUGGGAUUACGGGGGAGCGAGCUGGGGGGGGGUACACCACCGGACCAGUCGGAGUGCCACAACCACCUGUAUGAGGAUGCCGAUAUCUAUGAGGAACAGGAGCCAUACCAUCCCCUGAAGAGACGCAGUGAACAACAACUGGACCAGCACAGCAGCACUGAGAGGAGUUCUAUAGAUGAGGAUGAUGAAGGUCAGUCGGAUGAAGACAUCAUGGUUCAGAGUUCAGAUGAAGAGGAUGAUGAGAGUUCCUCCUCUAGCAAAGGAGAACCUGAGAAGCCUGAGGAGAGGGAGGCUGGCAGUGGUGCCAAGCGGAACAAGAUAGUCCACAUCGCCAGAGAGAUCAUGAGCUCCGAGAAUGUAUUUGUCAACGUCCUGAAGCUUCUCCAUAUGGAUUUCCGUGACGCGGUGGCGAAGGCUUCUCGUCCGAGUGGGAAGCCUAUUAUAGAGGAGGCUAUUCUGAACCAGAUCCUGUACUAUCUGCCCCAGCUCUACGAACUGAACCAGGACCUGCUCAGAGAGCUGGAGGACAGGGUCGCCCAGUGGGAUGAACAUGGUCGUCUAGCUGACAUCUUUGUGAAGAAAGGGCCUUAUCUGAAGAUGUAUUCCACAUACAUUAGAGAGUUUGACAAGAAUGUGGCCCUACUAGACGAGCAUAGCAGGAAGAAUCCAGCCUUCGCUGCAGUGGUGCGGGAAUUUGAGGCUGGUCCUCGCUGUGCCAGUCUGGCUCUGAGGCAUUACCUGCUGAAGCCUGUUCAGAGGAUCCCUCAGUAUCAGAUGCUGCUCACAGACUACCUGAAGAACCUGUCUCCAGACUCGGCAGAUUACAAAGACACACAAGCUGCUCUGGGCAUCGUGAAGGAGGUGGCCAACCAUGCCAAUGACAUCAUGAAACAAGGGGAUAACUUCCAGAAGCUGAUUCAGGUUCAGUGCCGUCUGAAUGGACACCAUGAGAUCGUCCUGCCUGGGAGGGUGUUCCUGAAAGAGGGUGUUCUGAUGAAGCUCUCCAGGAAAGUCAUGCAGCCCAGGAUGUUCUUCCUGUUCAACGACACGUUGCUGUACACCACACCAGUUCAAUCUGGCCAGUUCAAACUCAACAACAUGCUGUCUCUGACUGGGAUGAAGGUCAGCAAGCCCAGCCAAGAAGCCUUUCAGAAUGAGCUGACCAUUGAGAGUGUGGAACGCUCCUUCAUACUCUCUGGCAGUUCUGCGGUUGAGAGAGAUGAUUGGCUGGAGGCCAUCUCCACAGCGAUCAAUGACUACACCAGGAAGAAGAUUUCCUUCAUCUCCAGCAAGACUCUGGAGGAGACUGGGUCUGAGGAUAGUGGCAGUGGGGCCCCUUUGGGUUCUAAGGCCCCUAUCUGGAUCCCAGACCCAAGGGCCACCAUGUGUAUGGUCUGUACCUGUGAGUUCACCCUCACCUGGAGACGACACCACUGCCGAGCCUGUGGAAAGGUGGUGUGCCAGUCCUGCUCCUCCAACAAACACUGUCUGGAGUAUCUGAAGAACCAGCUGGCCAGAGUGUGUGAUCAGUGCUUUAUUGUACUACAGCAGAGAAGUGAAAAGGCCCUGUCUGCAACUCUCUCCCCUGGUGGAAAAUCCUCCUUUGCUUUCGCCAGGAAAACGAAGAAGAUCCCUGCUGCCCUCAAGGAGGUGUCAGCGAACACAGACAACUCGUCUAUGAGUGGUUACCUGCAGAGGUCAAAGGGCAAUAAGAAGCAGGGGAAGAGGCUUUGGUUCGUCAUCAAGAACAAAGUCCUGUAUACGUACGCUGCCAGUGAGGACGUGGCAGCGUUAGAGAGCCAGCCAUUGCUGGGCUUCAUGUUGAAAGAGGAGGAAGAAGGACCACCAGGUCAGAAGCAACAGUUCAAGCUCUAUCACAAAAACACGCUGCAUUACAUUUUCAAGGCAGACGACAGCCAAACUGCCCAAAGGUGGAUAGAUGCGUUCAAGGAAGCUAUGGUGCUCUAACCAUCAUCCUCUGUGCCUGCAGUCGAUGAACUGUACCUAAGCAGUGACGUUACCAAGGCCGUGCCACUGUAUGAUGAUGUGAACUUUGUAAUUGUAUUGUAAUACAAUUAAUUAUGUCUCUACUGAAAACCAAUAAGAGCACAGCGGAGGCAUUAAUUGCUGAGGCAAGCAUAAUACCUAUAUCCCCAAAUGAAGGAUUUCUGAGCAAAAAUGAAAUACACAUUUUUAUUGUUGAUAAGAAGCAGAUUUUUGGGUGGGAUUGUGGCUCAUAGAACACAGGUGGGUCGUUCCAUCAAUUAGGUGCCUUUUUGAGGAGUCUAACGGGGUGAAACAAAACGUUUGAUUUCACCUCAUUUUAACAUUUUAUCAUGAAGAGCACAUGUUCAACUUCAUAAAAAUAAAAAAUAAACAUUUUCCAUCUUGACGUUGAAUGAAAAAUAUACGAUAGUAUAAGUGCAAAAUAAAGUAACAGGGUUGGCGAUUUCAUCUUUAAACAGUCAUAAAUCCCCUUGAGACAGGAGGAUUGGAAGUUUGUUGUGUGCCACAGGGAUGAGCAAUUGAAAGUAAACUUCAGAUUUUUGUUUUAUUUUAUUGUUAAAACAUUUCUAGCCUGUCCAUCUAUGUGUAACAGGGUUGACAUGUUUUGUUUGACCCACUCACUUUUCCACUUAAAAACCCCAGAAAAUGGCCAAGAUUAGUAGAACCAGCUUACCUGCUUAUACACUAUAGUUUGAAUAUUAGAUAUUUAUUUUGCAGAAUUUUUUUUUUUAAAGGAAUAGUUUCACCAUAUUAAAAUGAGAGUUCAGCUCACAUAACAGGGUUGACAAAAUGAGGGACAGAUUAAUCACUAAUCACAUUAAAAUAAAUACAUUUUCAGAAAUUACUUUGUCAAAGUAACAAAAUAACUACAGCUUGACAAUGAUGGUGAAAUCUUGGAUAAAUGUUGGGACUAAAGUGUGUUCAAAUUUACAUUUACAUUUAAGUCAUUUAGCAGACGCUCUUAUCCAGAGCGACUUACAAAUCUUCAUAGUUGGUCCAAGGAGGGAUGUCAAAAUUCUGAAUUUUUGCACUUUAGCAAGUGUUUUAUUAAAUUAUCCAUGUGCUAUAUAUUAAAGGGCACUUCAAUUUUUAUUUAACUAAGCAAGGCACUUAAGAACAAAUUCUUAUUUACAAUGACAGCGUACCCCGGCCAAACCCUAGCCGGGAUAAUGCUGGGCCAAUUGUGUGCCGCCCUAUGGGACUCCAAAUCACUUCUGGUUGUGCUAAAGCUUGGAAUCGAACCAGGGUCUGUCGUGACACCUCUAGCACUGAGAUGCAGUGCCUUAGACCGCUGCGCCACUCGGGAGCCCAAAAUAAUAUAACAGGCUUUUAAAAUGCAAUAUUUGGCCGCAAUUUCUACUUAAAAUGUCAGAGACGCAAAAAGGCACUUAUUUCGUGGAACAACCCAGGUGCUAAAGUCAUUAUACAUGGUUGAAGACCAUAUUUGGCCUUAUUUUACCAAUUCAAAUGCCGUCAGCCCUGGAGGCUUGCACAUAAGCGCUGUAGAGUUUUGUUACCGACGUGUCAUAGUGUCAUUACUGGUGACAUCUGCAUUUUUAGUAUUUACCGUUAAGGUUGAUUGAAUAUCUUAUUUUAAUGCAUUAUGCAGGACAGUCCAAUAAAUGUGUGGUUUUAUCACAGGACUUGUUCUAUGGAAUGUUGUUGAUUCAUAAGACCUAUUUUCAUCACGCCAUUGCAGUUAUGUCAUCAAGGGGGGACACACACACACAACGUGAGCAUAAUUCACACCAGACACUGCAUUGAGUAGUACAGACAUGUCUGUUUGUUUACGGCACCUGAAAAACAUUCAUGCAUUUGUGUGUGUGGGGGGAGGGGGGGGGGUGUAAUUCACUCAUGAACACAUGGACCUUUGCACUUGUUCUGUGGGAAUGAAUAAAUCAAAUCCCAACAGUUUACCUCUCAAUAUUCCUUUUAUUAGGCACUAGAGCACUCAAUUCUGGUUAUUAAACUCUAAAAUGUUGCUAUCAUGGAUACUGAUUUUAAAUAGAAUAUUUAAAUAAAUCAGGUUUACAUGUAUUUUAUAUUUACUGGUCUGAUUACCCUUUUCUGCACCAUGUGCCUAUUUUAAUAAACACUUGUCGUAUU